AUGAAGCGUUUCGUUGAAAGCCCGAUUGCGGUGGUUCUCAUCUUGAUGUCGUUGACCUUGAUCACGGCCGUGGGAUGUGAAUCGGCGAAUUCACCGGAAGCUCCUGAGAAUGAGACUGAAGCCGCGGAAAGCGCUGAGGAAACUUCCGCUGCCGCUACGGUCAGUGCGGCCGAUGUCGCGUUGAUCGACAAGGCGGGGUUCGACGCAUUCUUGGCCGAGAACAAAGGCAAGGUGGUGUUCGUCGAUUACUGGGCCACGUGGUGCGGCAACUGUAAGGAGAUGUUCCCGCAUACAGUGGAGCUGCAAAAGAAAUACGGCGACGAUGGAUUGGUGGUGGUCGCUGCCAGCGUUGAUGAGCCCAACGAAGAGAACAAGGAAGCCGUGGCCGAAUUCCUGAGUUCGCAGGGGGGCGAUCUGGAGGCGUUUAUUCUUACCGGCGAUGAAGACGUGAUGGAUGCCUUCGGAAUCGAAAUCGCUGUGCCGCACUAUCAGCUUUUCGACGCUGAGGGGCAGCUGGCCAAGAAAUUCGUCUUUGGCGAUCCCACGAGUCCUUCACCCACGCCGGAAGAGAUCGACGCGGCGAUAGGAUCGCUCAACCUUCUGCUUCUGCUCGCGUUGUCAAUGUUGGCUUCCCCGGCGUUGGCCGUGGCUGAGACUCCGGCAGAGGCUGCGGCCGAGUCAUCGAGCGAAACGCCGGCUACGCCCGAUCCGGUGGCGAAGCUGAUCGAGCAACUCGGGCACGAUAGCUUCUUCGUUCGCGAACGAGCCCAGCAAGAUUUGGCCGCGAUGGGGUUCGAUGCGUUCGAUGCUCUGACAGUGGCCGAAUACCACGAAGAUAUUGAGAUCGCAGCCAGGGCUCGCUAUCUAUUGCGCCUGCUGGAGGUGCACUGGAUCGACGACAACGAUCCGCCCGAGGUGCAGGAGCUACUCACGGAGUUCGACCAGCUCGACAUUCCGGCCCGACGCGAACAAAUGCGUCAACUCGCGGCCCUGCCCGAGGACAAGGGGCUCGAGGCGCUAUGUCGGCUGGCACGUUUUCAGCGGAACGAGUUGCUUUCGAAGUGGGCGGCCCUGCUGGUGAUCGAACAACACUCGGGCCACGAGCAGUGGGAGAGCCUUCCGACCGGACAGCCGGCCGAUGAGACUGCCGUAUGGGCACUGUCGCAAGUCGAGCCCCCGCCACAAAGUUCGUUGGAGGUUAUCGGCGAAGAGAAAUGGGCCGAUCGGCAGGCAGUGAUCCUAAAGGCAAUCGCUGCAAGCCCACGGCCGGCGGCUAACUGGCUGAGGACUUACGCGACGUUGCGUACGUCGGAAGAUAUGCCCUCGAAGAAGUGGAGCGAACUGGUCGAUGAGGAGGCGGCGGUACUGGCUCGCACCCCACAGCAGUCGGCCCCGCUGAUUGUGUCUCGAAUGCUACUGCAACAAGCCACUUGGCUGCGCACGCUCAAUCGACCUGCCGAUGCUGACACGGCGAUGUUUCGCAUUCUUGAAUUUGUCGGAUCGGAUGUCGAGUCGCUAUCUGAGAUGACGAUGUGGCUGGUUCAUAGCGAAACCUGGGCGGCACUGGACGAACUCGAAGAGCGGUUCUCGGCCGUGAUCGAGGAUAACCCGAUGCUGGCCUACACGCUUGCCUAUGCAAGAUCGAAGCAGGGACAGACCGAACGUGCUGAAGCGUUGGUGGAUAAGGCCCGCAAGAUGAAUCCUGGCAACUACAAAGCCCACUACGAUGUGGCAGCUUUGCUGCACGAGCGAGGAUGGAUUGAUUGGGCCAAGGGUGAGUAUCAGACCAUCAUCGACCAUGAGGCCCGCGACGACGCCUAUUUGAGAUAUGCGUUUAUCUCCCACCGAUACUUGGCCGAGUUCGACCAUGAUGCGGGCAACGAGUUGGAAGCGUCGAAGAAGAUGGAUCUGACGAACGAACUGCUCGAGGAGCUGGCAAAGAAAGCUGGCCAAGAACAGAGACGGCUGCUGAACAGUGGCCCCAGCGAUGCGCGUCGCAAUCUUUUCUUUGGGCUGCACCUAAAACAGGAAGGCAAGUACGACGAGGCACGCGAGCAUCUUUAUCGGGCAUUGCAGUAUGACGACACCGACGCCGAUGUAUUGAUUGCCUUGUACGAGUUGCCGAACCUCGACGAGAAGCAACGCGAAGAUCUCGUCAACGAUAUUCGCGAGGCCUGCGAGUUAUUCCGAGGGCAGAUUCAGCAAGACCCAGAGAAUGCCACCCCUUAUAACCAGUUGGCAUGGUUGGUGGCCAACACCGAAGGCGAUCAGGACGAAGCUCUGCGUGCGUCGUUGCGUUCGCUAGAGUUGGGUGAGGAACCGGAUCACCCCGGACGGCUCGACACUUUGGCCCGAUGCUAUUACGCCCAGGGCGAAUUAGAAAAGGCCGUGGAAGUUCAAACCAAGGCUGUGCAGCUCGAACCGCAAACUGGCCAGAUGAGCCGGCAGUUGGCGUUCUUUCUUAAGAAACGGGACGAAGCACAGGCAGUGUUUCGAGAGCGUUUGCUCGCAGCUCUGGGAGGCCCCUGGCCGGAGCCUGCUGAGCUGAACGCAAGCGUAUCCCACACACAAGCGUGUGACGGCUACACGCUGGAGCACGUGGCGUUCGAUGCUGAGCCGGGCGAUCGGGUGCCGGCGGUGCUGUUGUUGCCCUCGGGGGUUUCUGCGGAGCGGCAGGCGGCGGCCAUUUGUGUGUUGCACCAGCACAACAACGAAUGGAGCCUCGGCAAGUCGGAGCCGGCGGGGCUGGCCGGGGAUCGUCGCCAGCAUGUGGGUGUCGCUCUGGCCCGGGCCGGGUACGUUGUGUUGUGCAUCGAUGUGUUGGGUUUUGAGGAUCGUCAAUCAAGCGAACUGCCCGGCGGUGAUUUCGAACGGUUCUUGUUUCUGAAGUACGCGGUGCAAGGCAAGUCGCUGGCUUGGAAGAACAUUCUCGAUAUUCGCCGCGCGGUCGAUUACCUGGUAAGUCGCCAAGAAGUGGAUGCCUCUCGCAUUGGUUGUUUCGGGCAUUCGAUGGGCUCGACGCUGACCUGGAUGGCGGGCCCUUGGGAACCGCGAUUCAAAGCGUUGGUGGGGAAUUGUUGCCUGCCAACCUAUGCAGGGAUCGAACGCCAUCGGCUGCUGCACUGUUUUGCGAAUUUCAUCCCCGGUAUCUUGGCCGACGGCGACACGCCAGAGAUUGUUAGCUUGAUUGCACCGCGACCCCUGCACCUGAAUUUCGGAGAACUCGACACGGGCAGCCCGAUUGAAGAGGUUCGUGCCGCGGUGAAGACCAUCGCUGCCGCCUAUGAACGGCAAAAUGCCGGGAACCACUUUACGCACUUCAUCGAACCCGAGACUGGUCACGAGUUGACCGCUGAGAUGUGGCGGCGGGUUUUGGAGGCGCUGGCCACGACCCAUCGCGUGAUCGCUCCCGAUUUGCGGGGCUUUGGCACCAGCGAUACCACCCCGGGCACAACCACCAUGCGGCGAUUUGCCGAUGAUGUGGCGGCGAUCUUGGAUGCGUUGGGGGUAAGCGAUCCGAUCACGUUCUGUGGGCUUUCGAUGGGCGGCUACAUUGCGUGGCAGUUUUGGAAGCAUCACGCGGCGCGGUUGGGCGCGCUGGUGCUGUGCGACACCCGGGCUGCGCCGGACAGCGAAGAGGCGGCCCAAGGGCGACACGAUACCGCGGAGAAAGUCUUGCGGCAGGGACGCAUUCCACUGGUGCGGGCGAUGAUUCCGAAAUUGUUCUCGCAAGCGACACGAGAGCAGAACCCGCAGAUGAUCGAAGCGGUGCGGGAAAUGAUUGGGCGUGCCUCGCCGGAGGGUAUCGCGGCGGCGCUAAGGGGCAUGGCUGAACGUGAAGACGCGCGCCAUCGCUGA